GAAUGAUGGAGGAAGCGCACACAUCUUCAGCAAAAGCAGGAUAAGGAGUGUCAAAAGCGCACGAUUUUUCUAUAACUGCCCAUUCGCUUGCGUCAGUAUUCGAUGAGCGACUGAAUAGAAAGGAAAGCACCUCCUAUCUUUGGCAUCAAGGGGUUUAAAUCAGAAAAACAGAGAGAGCGAGCUGCAGUGAAAAGGGGAGGACCUGGCUACAUCAACACAUCACGUAUAUUGUAAAAUGUUAUUGCUAUAGAAGAACUCUAGCGUCAAUGUAUUUACUUGAAUGCGGGCAUAUUUAAAUCCGCAUCAUCACAACGGAUCUGGGAAAGUAAACUUGAGGUCUUAGGAAACAGAUAACAACAGGGAUCCCAAGCCCCCCCCCCCCCCCCCAACAUGCCGGAGCAGAGUAAUGACUACCGUGUUGUGGUGUUUGGGGCUGGCGGUGUGGGCAAGAGCUCCUUGGUCCUUCGCUUUGUCAAGGGAACCUUCCGGGACACCUACAUCCCCACCGUGGAGGACACCUACCGCCAGGUGAUCAGCUGUGACAAGAGUGUGUGCACCCUCCAGAUCACCGACACCACGGGCAGCCACCAGUUCCCCGCCAUGCAGCGCCUGUCCAUCUCCAAGGGCCACGCCUUCAUCCUGGUCUACUCCGUCACCAGCCGCCAGUCUCUGGAGGAGCUCAAGCCCAUCUACCAGCAGGUGCUGGCCAUCAAGGGCAGUGUGGACGCCAUCCCCGUCAUGCUGGUGGGCAACAAGAGCGACGAGACCCAGCGUGAAGUGGAGACCAAGGAGGGUGAGGCGCAAGCGACAGCAUGGAAGUGUGCCUUCAUGGAAACCUCGGCCAAGAUGAACUGCAACGUCAAGGAGCUCUUCCAGGAGCUGCUCACACUGGAGAAGAAGAGGAACAUGAGUCUGAGCGUCGACGGCAAGCGCUCCGGCAAGCAGAAGCAUGCCGACAAGCUUAAGGGCAAGUGCAGCAUCAUGUAGGGAGGGAGAGAUGAUGCCUGACCACUAGGAGGAAAGACAGAGGUUGGGGAGGGUAGCGGUGGUGGUGGUGGUGGAAAGGGUGGGCGUUCUUGAAAAGACUCACAUCGAGGAAUGGAGGGAAGGUUGGGGUGGGGGUGGGGGUCGUCUGAGAGGGAUUUUGUUAUCCCGAAAGAGGCAACCCCCCCCCCCCCCCCCCCCCCUUACUUUAUACCACUGCCCCAUCUCCACCUUUCCCCCACUCUGCUCAUACCAUUAACCAGGAAUCGCCCCUAGGGCACAGUCAACCCGUCUGUCUCACUGGUUUUGAUUUGGAGGUUUGCCUCUCCAUCAAAAAAUGUAUGCCACUGAAGGCCCGAAUAGAAGAGUCAAGUUCUAAGAGAAGGUCAAAUAUUGAUGCAUCUCUGCUGUGAUGGGAAAAAGGAAAGAAUAUGGAACCCUGAGAAUUCAUAUCCUGUUCAGGGUAUAAUGACCAAAAGGGAGAACUCCUGACACAGUGCCCAUUUCAAUAUUAUUCCCUCCACGUACACCCUCUUUUCCCUAUAGCUGUCUGUCUCCUGCUAAUAUGAGAUAGCCACUUGACUCUUAUGAUUGUGAAAGGGAAUAGGGUGGAUUUGCGGGAGAUGAGAGUGUAUCAAGUUUAAUGUGAAAGUAAUGGAAACAUGACUUUCGUCAAUUCAAGUCCAUUUUCAUAAGCACAAGUUGGACUUUCGCCCUUCAGUCUCUCUGUAUCUACCUGGUAAUUGGAUGGGAGUUGAGAACUAGACAUUGUCAUCAAUAAAGGGCUCUAUUCAAUCUGUAUAGCGGAAGUUCAGCGUUACAGCAUAAUUGAAAUUUAGAGGCAAUGUUCUUGCGUUAGAGGAGACUGCAUUCACGGUAAACGUUCUAUCGCUGCGGCGAUACAGAUUGAAUAGAGUUGUUGACGGAAAGUUAUUUGUUCAUUAAACAGUGCGUUCUGACAUUUUUCAGACCCCUUGACUUUUUCCACCUUUUGUUACAUUACUACCGUAUUCAAACAUUUAAAACAGGUUUUUAGAAAUUUUAGCAGUUCUUGAAAAUAAAAAGCUGAAAUAUCACAUUUACAUAACUAUUUGGACCUGAAGCACCUAUGUGAGCAAUUACAGUCUUGAGUCUUCUUGGGUAUGACGCUACAAGCUUGGCACACCUGUAUUUGGGGAGUUUCUCCCAUUCUUUUGUGCAGAUCCUCUCAAGCUCUGUCAGGUUGGAUGGGGAGCAUCGCUGCACAGCUAUUUUCAGGUCUCUCCAGAGAUGUUUGAUUGGGUUCAAGUCCGGGCUCUGGCUGGGCCACUGAAGGACAUUCAGAAACUUGUCCAGAAGCCAGUCCUGCAUUGUCUUGGCUGUGUGCUUAGGGUUGUUGUCCUGUUAGAAGGUGAACCUUCACCCCAGUCGGAGGUCCUGAGUGCUCUGGAGCAGGUUUUCAUCAGGGCUCUCUCUGUACUUUGCUCCGUUCAUCUUUCCCUCGAUCCUGACUAGUCUCCCAGUCCCUGCCGCUGAAAAACAUCCCCACAGCAUGAUGCUGCCGCCACCAUGCUUCACCGUAAGGAUGGCGCCAGAUUUCCUCCAGGUGUAACGUUUGGCAUUCAGGCCAAAGAGUACAAUAUUGGUUUCAGCAGACUAGAGAAUCUUGUUUCUCAUGGUCUGAGAGUAUUUAGGUGCCUUUUGGAAAACUCCAAGCGGGCUGUGCCUUUUACUGAGGAGUGGCUUCCGUCUGGCCACCAUAAAGGCCUGGUUGAUGGAGUGAUGCAGAGAUGAUUGUCCUUCUAGAAGAUUCUCCCAUCUCCACAGAGGAACUCUGGAGCCCCUUCAGAGUGACCAUCGGGUUCUUGGUCACCUUCCUGACCAAGGCCCUUCUCCUUAGAUUCUCAGUGGUUCCAAACUUCUUCCAUUUAAGAAUGAUGGAGGCCACUGUGUUCUUGGGGACCUUCAAUGCUGCAGAAAUGUUUUGGUGUCCUUCCUUAGAUCUGUGCUUCUAAACAACCCUGUCUCCGAGCGCUACGGACAAUCCCCUCGACCUCAUGGCUUGGUUUCUGCUCUGUCAACUGUGGGACCUUAUAUAGUGUAACGGAUGUGAAACAGCUAGCUUAGUUAGCGGUGCUGUAACGGAAGUGAAACGCUAGCUUAGCGCGCACCGCUAACUAAGCUACCUGUUUCACAUCUGUUACAAUAGACAGGUGUGUGCCUUUCCAAAUCAUGUCCAAUCAAUUGAAUUUACCACAGGUGGACUCCAAUCAAGUCGUAUAAACAUCUCAAGGAUGAUCAAUGGAAACAGGGUGCACCUGAGCUCAAUUUUGAGUCUCAUAGCAUAGGGUCUGAAUAAUUAUGUAAAUAUAUUUAUCAUAUAUUUUUCAUUUGAAUUACAUUUGCUAAAAUGUCUAAACUGUUUUCGCUCGGUCAUUAUGGGGUAUUGUGUGUAGAUUUGAGGAAAAUAUAUAAAUAUCAAUUUUAGAAUAAGGCUGUAACGUAACAAAAUGUGGAAAAAGUUCAAGUCUCUGAAUAUCUUCCGAAUGCACUGUAUAUUACAGGUGCAGGUUAGGCCUAUCAGUGGUUGCUAAUUAACGUUAGCAUGUAUAGUAAUACAAAUAUAGGAAAUAUAGCUGCAAGUGGUCUCUGCAUUUUGCUGUACAUUUGAAAUGCCUUUCCUACCAGUUGACUUGACAUUUUGCAUCAUUUAAGUGAGCUUUAGCCAAACAAAGCACAAAGAAACCACAAAAGCAACAAGCAGUCAAAGCACGUUCGAAAUGUAAACGUUUUUGAAGAAAUGUAAUGAAUCUCUAUAGCACAAAUAUUUGGACCCUCAUAUCAUUAAAUUAGGUGUGUAUAUCAAUGUUGAUCACAUUAUAUGCCUAUCUUCUGUUAAUAUACUGUAAUUAAUAUAUUUUAUGCUCAUAUUGUCUUGCUUUGCCUCUCCUCCCUAUUGAAUAUUUGUUGCAAUCCAGAAAUCACAUGGCAUUGCUUUAGCAAUAUGACUGCACUUUGAGGAUCUGGAGCACAGUGACAUUUGAUCUUUUGGUAAACCCUUUGACGUGCUCUGGAUGAAUCAUUUCACUUUGCAAUUUGAAUCAUAUAAAGGAACUGCCAAAUAAAGACAACUAAAUGUA